UUCACUUGAUUUUCUUGAGUAGUAUAGUUUCCACACAAUACUAAAGCAACUAGAGCAUGCUUCAUAUGACACUCUCAUGUUCUUAUAUACCUAUGAACAAUCAUUUUUGACAUACGUCAUAGUAAAAUUUAGGUCCAAGUUUUUUCGAAAUCAUUUGUUAAUCACCAUUUACAACUCAAAUUUAAAAUCCAAAAUGGUAAUAAACUCUUAGAGUAAUGGCUAAGAAUGAAAUACUCGUCUGGGGAGACGGAGAACCAGUUACCAUAACCAUUACUGCAUGUAAGGGUAAACAUCCCAUUGCUCCUCCAGUAGAAGUCCCCGAGGUUGUCGAAGAGAAAUCAGAAGCAGAAGAACUCCCCCCCGUAGAGACGAAUGACGAAACGAGUGAUGAAGUGAAAGAUAUUAUAGAUGAUGAGAAACCAGUUAUAAAUGAAACGCAGAAACCUACUGUUAUCGAAGAAGAAUAUAAGGAUCCAUCAAUUUUACCUAUUAUUGUGCCUAGAUAUCAUGGACCAGGCUGCUCCAUGGAAAUUGGUAUCUUGGAGAAGCAUCAUUCUAAGUGCAGGUUCAAAAAGCUAGAUAACGAAUUUCGCCAUCCAGUAGAUGAUAAAGCAGGAAGUUUUGAAUUCAUCGGACGCAUGUCCUUUAAAACCUGUGGAGCCAAUGAACCAAAUGAACAAGUAGUAACGUAUGAAACUCCUGUAAACGACUACGACGACGCAGAUAGAGUAUCCGAAACGAGUCUAGAUCAGGUGGUGGUACAAGCUGAGGAUGUGCCAGAGGCAGGACAAAAUGAAGUCCAGAAUUAUGAAUCACCACCUUCUGUGCAAGAACCGGAACCUAAUGUACCUGUGAGACCCAAAGAACAGGUGCAAUUUAUGGAAGUAAAGGAUAAAGGUCCCAGUUCAAAAUAUAAAAGGGUCCAAGAGAGAAUAUCUGAGCCUUUUAAGACAAUACCUGUUCCAGCCGGAUCUGAGUUCACUGUGGAGUACUGCAAACUUAAAAAAGUAUUGUAUAAUGACAAUUCUGUAACGGUGCAAACAAUGGCAUUAAUGCCCUACAACGCUAAUCGCGACAUCUGGUCGUCAUUCUUCUGUGGUGAGUUUUGUCUGCUGAAGAAACUGCAAGAGAAUGAAGUCGCUAAAGUCAAUACAAUUGCGCACACGGAAACUAAUCAUUUAACAACUGCCAACAAAUUGUCGCAAUGUCCUUCCAGGUCAAUAGUAAAGCCAAGAUGGCCAAAGUUUUUUGCUUGUGUUAACUAUAAACCCAGAGAAUAUAGUCAAUAAAAGCACGUCAUGCUCUA